UCCUUUUUGUCAAAUUAUCUGGAAAUCUUCUCCCUCUACAAGUAGUAAUUAGGGUUUCCAGAUAUGAUUGUUCCUUGCUCAUUUUUUUCUCUUGCUUAGAAAGAAGCAACGAGGACACUUUCACUGCUAUCAGUGAGACAUGCAUUACUGUGCUUCAAAAUCACCUUAAACUGACCCUUUCAGGAAAGAGUCCAUGACAUGCAAGAGGAAAAAACAAUGAAUCCAGAGAAGAGCUUGUUCCCACCCACUUGGAACGUAGUUCCUUUUGCCAACCUGUUUGAUCAGCUGGGGAAAAAAGCGUCCUCAUUUACAUAACCUCCUGGUUCUUUGUGUUUCAACAUGGCACCAUUCCAGCAGCGCAGUUUCUCCAUAGGAAUGAUGGAAGCUAAAAGUCCACAAAUGCCCAGCAGACACCCCACUGGCUAUAGCUUCUCUAGGAUGUCCAAGGAUUUUCAAUUGUUUCUGUCUCUUACAGUCUUGAAGAAUGAUCUAAUAUUUGCUAAUGUGUGUGCUCUCCUUCAUAAUUCAGUGUCCAAAUAUUAAUUUAAGAAAUAUUUAUGAGUCACUUGUAUACCUAUUGCAUAUAAGCUCUCCCACUGGGUGCUGCAGCCCUGCUUUGGAGAAACAGACAAUCAGGUGAGAAGUAGUACCUCAACGUUAUAUCCUAAUCUGAGCACACCAGAGGCAGAGGCAAGGCAUUUUUUCUGCAUCCUCUACAUCAUCUAAAUAUAGUGUUGAGCAUAUAAACACGUGAUCAAUAAGUAGUUCUCCCAGUGAAUUUCCAUAAUUAAAACCCAUAGUAGUCACCAGCAAUAUUUUGGAAGAAACCAGAGUUCCUUUCUCUCACUGUCAGGAGGCAUAUGACAGCCACAAUACCUCACAUGGUAGGAAGUGAUGACAGACCAGAGGCUGAAAAGAGUACUUUUUGUGGUUCAAGUGAAAAGGAACUCUGAGUAGACAGAAAGAAUAAAUAAGUGCUGAAAUUAGCCUCCCCACCAGAGACAUUGCUUAUUGGGGACUAAAAAAAAAAAAAAAAGUUUCACAUCUGAGAAAACACAAGUGGUUAGAAGUUCUAAAUACUCAUUGCCAAACUGUUUUUGUACUGAAUUCACAUGCUUAAUGGUUUCCGUUCAAAAACGGAGCUCAUCAUUUAUACCCGUCAAUUGGCUUACGGGGUUGGGAUCACGGAGAAGGAAAUGAAAAGCCUCCCAAGGCCAAUGCCCAUCUUCUUUGCAUCUAGAAUCUGGCUCAAACCCUUGUCCACAUUUAUUUACUGUCUCCAUACUAGUAUCUCCUCUAAAGAACAAUGCAAGUUCCCAGCUGGGUAAAACUCAAAUUAGCAUAGCACUGUCCUUUAGAUAUUUAAAAAUAUGUAAAGAGAAAUGGCCACUGUUCUCUUACUGUAAUUUCAAAUGGAAAUUUCCCUAUUAUAUAGUUUUUAACAGUGAUUUUUUUUUUGAGGUGAAAUGGAAAGAACAGUCAGCUGCUCAGUGAAGCAGUUAAAAUAUUCUGCAAAAACAGCACUUAUGGAACAGACAGAACCCCUGGGCUACCAAUUAAUGAACACACAACUAGUGGCAUAAGACAGGUAACAGCUUCAUGGGCCAAAAAAGGAUUAUUAUUAUUAUUUUACCUUUAACAACUAACACUUUAUGGCAAACCGUUUUUAUGAUAAGUGACUAAGGAGACUAAAAAAUGUAUACAAAAUCAAACACUGGCACUCUCUGGAGUGUUCACUAGCUUUUUCUUGCAGCUGCUGGGCACAUCAUUUCUUUUCCACUUACAUUUUAUAAUAGGGGUCUUGGUUUUCUGGUUGAACCAGCAAGAUUUGUUAAUCAAAUGAAUCCCAGUUCCAGCAAGGGUAUCUAGUGAAACUAUGACAGCAGGGCCUCCAGGAAUAGAUUCUGCCAGGGGUAGCAAGUCUCCCUUAUUUGGUUUUCUUUUCCUGGUUGAAAACUCAGUGCUUAAAAUUUAGUUUCUUUCAUUUUACUCCUGAGAAAUCACAGCCAUUGAGAGGGAAAAACAGCAUCUGAUACCUUUCUGGGAACAGGGGAAUUGCACUCACUAACUUCACCUCCAGUUUUGAAUACAACAGUGCAAGUACAGGCGGAAAAGUCAAGGCUGCCAGUUAUGCAAAGCCAUCCUGUAACUCCACCCACUGCCAUGGAAAUGCAGUCCUGGAUAAGUGUGAGUGUGUGGACACGGCAGCUGGGUGUGUUGUAUAUGUGAGGGGUUUAUGAAAGUGCGAAUUUGCGCGAAUGUGUAUUUGUAUGUUUGUGAGUGCAUGUAUAUGAAUAUAUUUGUGUAUUUUUGAGUGAAUGUACAUUGAUGUGUUCAUGUGUGUAUGUGUAUAUGAUCAUUUGUGACUACUUAUGAAUGUGUGAGUAUAAAUGUUUGUGUGUUUACGUGUAGUUUUGUGUAAAUGCCUGUAUGAAUGUGAAUAUGUGGUGUACAUGUGUCUAUAUUGUGUGUUUGGCUGAGUGUGUAAAUGCGUGAGCGUUUCAGUGUGUGUGUGUGUGUGUGUGUAGCUGCCUAUGUUAUUUGUAUAUAGGUUUGUAUUUUUGUGUAUAGGAAUGCAUAUUGUGGAUGUAUUUGUAUGUAUGAAAGUGGGCAGUUUUCCAUGUUUCUAUUUGUGCGAAUUGAGUAUUUAUGUGUGUUGGAGUGUGCAGUGUUUGUGAAUUUGUGUGUUUUUGUUUGUAUAUGUGAGCGUUGAGUAUGUAAUUUCGCAAACGCGAGUAUUUGUGUUGGGACUGUGCGCGACUGGUGAGUGUGCAUUUGUGUGUAUGUGAGUAUAUAUGUUUGUGUGUAUGUGUGAGUGUGUGUGCGCGCGCGCUCAAGUACGCGUGUGAGCGGGUGUGUGCGGUCGCCGCGCGCCUCCACCUCCGCGCGAACCGCCCCAUCGCGGCGGGAGAACAGGCAGCCGCCCGAGGGAGGGACGCGCGCUGGGGUGAGCGGGCUGAGCCGCCGUCACUGCAGCCGCGCCGACUUUGCCCUUUAAAUCGGUCUCCAAGCCGAUUACAGCUGAUCUCCCACGUGACGUUUUACCUUCUGUCUCCUGGAGCCAGUUGCCCGAGGACAGUCUUCCUCAAGCUGCAGCGCGUCGCGUCUCUCCAGCCCACCGCGGGGGCUCGGGCUUCCGCAACUUUGGGCGAAGCAGCGGCGGGCCGGGCGCCUUCUCUGGGCCACUCUCCACGCGGGCGUCGGGGACUGUAGGGGCUUUGCUCGGCGGGGAGGGCGGUGGUCGGGGCAGAGAACGCGCCCCAGCCGCAGCCCGGUGCUCCUCGGACCCGCUCGCCGCCGCUCUCCGGAGGCCGACGGGCUGCCCUGUGCGCUGCGUCAGGAAAGGGGGCGCCCUUGGCCGUCGGGAGCGGAGCGGGCGCGCCCUCGGACAAGCCGGCGGGAGAUGGCCGCGAGGCAGGGGUGAGCUCCCGCGCCCUCACCAUGCAGAAGAGCGUGCGUUACAAUGAGGGGCACGCCCUGUACCUGGCCUUUCUGGCCCGCAAAGAGGGCACCAAGCGCGGUUUCCUGAGCAAGAAGGCAGCCGAGGCGAGCCGCUGGCACGAAAAGUGGUUCGCCCUCUACCAGAAUGUGCUGUUCUACUUUGAGGGCGAGCAGAGCGGCCGCCCGGCCGGCAUGUACCUCCUGGAAGGCUGCAGCUGCGAGCGGGCACUCGCGCCGCCCAGGGCCGGAACCGGGCCGGGCGGCGCCCGGGACGCGCUGGACAAGCAGUAUUACUUCACUGUUCUUUUCGGCCACGAAGGUCAGAAACCACUAGAGCUGCGCUGUGAGGAGGAGCAGGACGGUAAAGAGUGGAUGGAGGCCAUUCACCAAGCUAGUUAUGCAGACAUUUUGAUUGAGAGGGAAGUGUUAAUGCAGAAGUACAUUCAUCUCGUUCAGAUCGUAGAGACAGAAAAAAUUGCUGCCAACCAGCUCCGGCAUCAGCUUGAAGAUCAAGAUACAGAAAUCGAAAGGCUUAAAUCAGAGAUUAUCGCUCUUAAUAAAACCAAGGAACGAAUGAGACCUUACCAAAGCAAUCAAGAAGAUGAGGAUCCAGACAUCAAGAAGAUUAAAAAGGUUCAGAGCUUCAUGCGAGGCUGGUUAUGUAGAAGGAAGUGGAAGACCAUCGUGCAGGAUUACAUUUGCUCUCCUCAUGCUGAAAGUAUGAGGAAGAGAAACCAGAUUGUGUUCACCAUGGUCGAGGCUGAGUCAGAGUAUGUUCACCAGCUCUACAUCCUGGUCAACGGUUUCCUCCGGCCCCUGCGAAUGGCAGCCAGCUCCAAGAAGCCCCCCAUCAGCCAUGAUGAUGUCAGCAGUAUUUUUCUCAACAGUGAAACAAUUAUGUUUCUUCAUGAAAUAUUUCAUCAAGGACUGAAGGCCAGGAUAGCCAACUGGCCCACAUUAAUUUUAGCUGAUCUGUUUGAUAUUUUACUCCCCAUGCUGAACAUUUAUCAAGAAUUUGUGCGUAAUCACCAGUACAGCCUCCAAGUGCUCGCCAAUUGUAAGCAAAACAGAGACUUCGACAAACUCUUGAAACAGUAUGAAGCCAACCCUGCCUGUGAGGGGAGGAUGCUGGAGACGUUUCUGACCUAUCCAAUGUUUCAGAUUCCUAGGUACAUCAUCACACUUCAUGAACUCCUAGCUCAUACUCCCCAUGAGCAUGUGGAGAGGAAAAGUCUGGAAUUUGCUAAAUCAAAACUAGAGGAACUAUCCAGGGUAAUGCACGAUGAAGUGAGCGACACUGAAAACAUAAGGAAGAACCUUGCCAUAGAAAGAAUGAUUGUGGAAGGCUGUGAUAUCUUGCUGGACACCAGCCAAACUUUCAUCCGCCAAGGUUCUCUUAUUCAAGUACCUUCCGUUGAGAGGGGGAAACUUAGUAAAGUUCGCCUGGGUUCAUUGUCUUUGAAAAAGGAAGGAGAAAGACAAUGCUUCCUAUUUACAAAACACUUUUUAAUUUGUACAAGAAGUUCAGGAGGAAAGCUGCAUCUGCUCAAGACAGGUGGCGUUCUCUCUCUCAUAGAUUGUACAUUGAUCGAGGAGCCUGAUGCAAGCGAUGAUGACUCCAAAGGUUCCGGGCAAGUGUUUGGACACCUGGAUUUUAAAAUAGUGGUGGAGCCUCCUGACGCUGCUCCUUUCACUGUAGUCUUGUUAGCACCUUCCCGCCAAGAGAAAGCUGCCUGGACAAGUGACAUAAGUCAGUGUGUGGACAACAUACGGUGUAAUGGUCUAAUGACCAUAGUGUUUGAAGAAAAUUCCAAAGUCACUGUGCCACAUAUGAUUAAGUCCGAUGCCCGUCUUCACAAGGAUGACACCGACAUUUGCUUCAGUAAAACACUCAACUCCUGCAAAGUGCCCCAGAUCCGUUACGCUAGCGUGGAGCGCCUCUUGGAGCGGCUGACAGACCUGCGGUUUCUUAGCAUCGAUUUCCUCAACACCUUUCUGCACACCUAUCGGAUUUUCACCACAGCAGCCGUGGUGCUGGGGAAGCUUUCCGACAUAUACAAGAGGCCUUUCACCUCGAUCCCCGUCAGGUCAUUGGAAUUGUUCUUUGCCACCAGCCAGAACAACAGAGGUGAACACUUGGUGGAUGGCAAAUCCCCACGCCUAUGUCGCAAAUUCUCUUCCCCACCGCCACUGGCUGUGUCCAGAACGUCCUCCCCGGUGAGGGCCAGAAAGCUGUCCUUGACUUCUCCCUUGAACUCAAGGAUAGGAGCAUUGGACCUGACCACCUCCUCUGCGUCCAGCAGCCCUACCACCACCCACAGCCCUGCCGGGUCCCCACCACCGCACACUGGUAAAGUACCGCUGGAUCUUAGCAGAGGCCUUUCUUCUCCAGAACAAAGCCCGGGAGCUGUGGAAGAGCAUGUAGAUAACCCUCGCGUGGAUCUGUGUAACAAGCUGAAACGAAGUAUUCAAAGAGCAGCAGUCCUAGAGUCUGGACCAGUGGACCGAGCAGGAGUGGAAAGCUCCCCAGCGACCGAUGCCACAGAACUUUCACCUUGCCGGUCACCCUCGACUCCUCGGCACCUCCGCUACCGCCAGCCUGGAGGACAGACGGCUGACAACUCCCACUGCUCUGUUUCACCUGCUUCUGCUUUUGCAAUUGCCACGGCUGCAGCAGGACACGGGAGUCCACCAGGAUUUAACAACACCGAGAGAACAUGUGACAAAGAAUUCAUUAUACGUAGAUCGGCCACCAAUCGAGUACUGAACGUCCUCCGUCACUGGGUCUCAAAGCACGCACAGGAUUUUGAACUCAACAACGAACUAAAGAUGAAUGUCCUAAAUUUGCUUGAAGAAGUUUUGCGAGACCCAGACCUUCUUCCCCAAGAAAGGAAAGCCACGGCGAAUAUCCUGAGGGCCCUUUCACAAGAUGAUCAAGAUGACAUCCACCUAAAACUAGAGGAUAUAAUUCAAUUGACGGACUGUCCGAAGGCCGAGUGCUUUGAGACCCUGUCGGCCAUGGAGUUGGCCGAGCAGAUCACACUCCUGGACCACAUCGUUUUCAGGAGCAUUCCCUACGAAGAAUUCCUUGGGCAGGGGUGGAUGAAGCUGGAUAAAAAUGAAAGAACACCUUACAUUAUGAAAACCAGCCAGCACUUCAAUGAUAUGAGUAACCUGGUGGCCUCCCAGAUCAUGAAUUACGCCGAUGUCAGCUCCCGAGCCAACGCAAUCGAGAAGUGGGUGGCUGUGGCAGACAUCUGCCGGUGUCUGCACAACUACAACGGCGUGCUGGAGAUCACCUCAGCCUUGAACCGAAGUGCCAUCUACCGGCUGAAGAAAACCUGGGCCAAGGUGUCCAAGCAGACAAAAGCUCUAAUGGACAAGCUUCAGAAGACUGUUUCAUCUGAAGGAAGAUUUAAGAAUCUCAGAGAAACUCUUAAAAAUUGUAACCCCCCAGCUGUUCCUUAUCUGGGGAUGUACCUGACAGACCUGGCGUUUAUUGAAGAAGGAACACCCAACUUUACUGAGGAAGGCCUUGUCAAUUUCUCCAAGAUGAGAAUGAUAUCACACAUCAUCAGAGAGAUUCGCCAGUUCCAGCAGACCUCCUUUCGCAUAGACCAUCAGCCAAAGGUCACGCAGUACUUGCUUGACAAAGCCCUCAUCAUAGAUGAAGAUACGCUCUAUGAUCUGUCACUAAAAAUUGAACCUCGGCUCCCUGCUUGACCAUCUGGCUUCGCCCCGAGUCCGUGGAAUUUUCAUGGAAAGCAGAACGGACAGAACUGUGCAUGCUGUGCCUCCCAAAGAGUAGGGAGGACCGGGGAUGGAGACCAAGCCAGUCUCCUUUGUCCACCGAAGAUGACAGAACCAAACUGGAAUUCUGUCUCCAGUCAGGGAAGCGCAGCUGGUUGGGGUUAAAGACAGAUGCUUCAGGCUUGGGUGGAAAGGUGAAGAAGAUGGAUAUUUGGUAAAGCUGAGGGCACAUCUGCCUGAGGGAAUAUCAAGAGGGGAAGUGCUGGUAGCCCGUUUUCAUGAAGCAGGAAAGAAGGUGAAUUUGAAACUGCUCCACGUUCUGUUAGAACUUGGGGGACGAGCGUCCGUGGAAAAGGCCUGCGAUAUUUCGCUGGCACUUGACCAACCGGGUGCACCUCCCAAUCUCCUCCUGGGAUUUAACUGUUACAUUUCCUUUGUUACAAGCUUCCAGAAGAGCCGAAGCUGCUUCUGUCAGUUUGGGCGACGCAUAAGCAAUUUCAGUCUAGAGCAUGUGCAUGGUUCUCAGCGCAUUAUAAAUAUUCACAUCGGAGGAAUGGCAUGUUCUGAAACUGCUCUUUCAGUCUUUAGGCGACAGGGCAGGAAAGACGCUAAAAGUCAGGUGCGUCUGUACGUAAGAUUUCCAGGAUUAAAAAUCAAGUAGCUGAGCCCCCAGGACUGUUUCGAGUCGGUGGGAGGGGCUUCUUCCUGAGGCUGUGGAGCCCAGGAAGCCAAUGCCCUUGGAGAGGCAGGUGCAUGCUUUGCAACAAUAUGCCCACGCUCCUCACCGACAAAACUGUGGAAGAGGACAGAAGGCCACCAAGUGCUACAGGGAAGAAGAGUGGGUUUCAAUGCUAAGUGAAAAGAUGUACUUAAAAUGUAUCAUCUCUACUCCCUGCUGUGCUCCGCCCCCCCCCCCUUAUGUGGGAAUCUAUUCUGAUUUACCCAAACCAUUUUUAAGCCCACUAUGAACAUUGGAUGUAUUUUUUUGAAGCUGUUUAGUGAGACUUCCUUUUUAUAACCGCCCCCCCAUUCCGUGUGCUAUUGGAAGACAGUUUUCCCCCAGUCAUCUUUGUUUUUAGAUUUUGAGGCAUUUCUGAGUGAAAAUGUUCUAAGUAUAUGGGAAAUGGGCCCAACCUCUCAACAGCUCUUACAUCAGAAAGCCAAAUGCAAGGGUUGGUCCUCCUCCCUUAGGCUGGGAAAGUAAUCUUGCUUUCCCCAGGGUUUGUAGGUUGUUGAAGAAAUAGGGCUCUCUCAUGUUUACCUCCCUCUUCUCUUCUCAGGGAGACCUCUGCUUUAAAAGAAGGAAAAGAAAAAAAAAAUACAGUUAUUAUUACCUGAGCCUAUUGCACCUGGCAUUAUCCCUACGAGGCAUGAGGUGUAUGGAUGCUGACAGUGAAAAAAAUUGAUCUGUUUGGCUGUUUUCCAUCUUUCUUUGCACUUUAAUUAUGUUGUUAGAGCUAACAACUGACUAAUAAAUUCAAUUUGCUGGCUCCUAAGACCCAGUGGCAUUGAUAAUGUCCCAUAGAGGUGGAGAAUGUACAUUUUUCCUGCAUGGUAAGGGCCAUCUCUGUAUAUAACUAUAAAGUGAGAUAUGAAGUAAUAGAAGAUAUUUAUACUAUUUGCGAACCACUCCAAAAAUAUUUUCAAUAGCUCAUAUUAGCCAACAGUGUAGCACUAAACCCACAGAGGGUGACUUAAUGGAUGUUUUCUUUCUUUUUUUUUUUUUUUUUUAAAGAAGUUGCUUGUUUUUUUCCUCUCUAGUCUCAAGUAAGAGGUUGAUGCAUCCUGAUGCAUGAUAAGAAGCAUGGGUUGUUUGGGUCCUAAUAAUGCAUAACUUACAAUUUAUUUCUCAGUGUUCAGAAACCGAAGAGUUUGUACUAAUGUAUGUCAGUCGCACCAAGCACCUCAAAGUCUUGCAGAAGAAUAAGAAAGUAAAGGUUAACUUUCUUGGCUGAAAAACAUCAUUUGGAAGGUGAACAAAACCAGGACGAAUCAGUGAAAGGACCACACACACGGUAGUUUCAGGCUGAACAACAGGUGGAAAAGUUGAUGCAUCCAACUCUGCCCUUAGAGUCCCCCAAAGUCUUCCAGAAGGGAGGGUGUGGUUCUGUCGGCACUGUGCCUGGAAGUCUGGACCCUUAACUCUCUGACCCAGAUUUUCCAAAGGCACUGCAACCAUUCUUAUUAAAGAAAAAUAGGAACUAGAGGGAUUUCCAAAUGCUUCUCCCUUUUUGGCGUAGGCCUUUUUUCCCCUCUGCUAGUGACAAAGCCGGCAAGUCUAUUUCCUGCAGAAUGUUGGCCGCGCCCCCCAGUGGUCAACUGUGGGCACUGUCCGUUGUCUGUGCUGACCCUUUAGCAUUUUAUUGACGCUAACACACUCCUUCUGAGAGUCUAAAGCAUUGCUGGAGCUGUGCCUCGAGAGAACUCCACCUCCAAGGGCGUUGCUUUUGCUGACCUGCACCAUUUCUGGGUUAGCUGGAAGAGGAAAAUGUUUUUUAAAAAGCUCAAUUUGGUGACAUUUAAAAUCCCCAAGAGCAAUUUGUGAUUUCUUUCCAUUGUUUAAAGCACCCAUCCUCUUCUGCCCUGUAAGCUUUGAGUGAUUGUCAGAGCACGCACUCUUGGCUGUGUCUGCUUCUAUCCCAUCAUAUGAGACCCAUUUCUAUGAAUAGAUGGGAGGUCAGCCUCUAACAGCCAAGUAGGGAACACGUAUUAUUGCAAAAUUAACCUAGAAAAUCAGAAGCAAAAUCCAAUUUCAUGCUUUCAGAUGAAUACCCAUGUUUUGUACUGUCAAUGAAAUUAUCUUGGGGAUUUUAGGGGAUGCCUUUGGUUAUUAACUAAGACAUCCAGUUUUGCUACAGGGACAAAUCUCUCACUUAAGUCAAUAUAUUGUGUGACAGAUUCAGGCAUGAAGUAAAAUGUUGUCACUUUUCCUUAGUGUUUGAGUUUAAAGAGGGAAUUUUAAACUCUUGUUGCAAUAUUUUCAACUGGUGCCCACACCAAGCCCCUAUUUCUGUUUGUUAAUUUCAGUGCAUCUUAAAGUACUACUUAAAAACAAAUGAAUUUCUGGAGUUCCUGUCAUGGCUCAGUGGUUAACGAGUCCGACUAGGAACCAUGGGGUUGCGGGUUCGAUCCCUGCCCUUGCUCAGUGGGCUAAGGAUCCGGCAUUGCCAUGAGCUGUGGUGUUGGUCACAGAUGCGGCUCAGAUCCCGCGUUGUUGUGGCUAUGGCGUAGGCCAGUGGCUACAGCUCUGAUUAGACUCCUAGCCUGGGAACCUCUAUGUGCUGAGGGAGCGGCCCCAAAAAUGGCAAAAAGACAAAAAAAGAAUUUCCCCCAGAAAUUGAUUUUAUUUGAUGUACCCAAGCCUUAAGUUUAAUAAAGAAAAAAAAAUGAAACUUGGAGAUACUGAAUAACUUAGAAGAGAAAAAUCUGUUAUGUUCCCCCUUGAAUGCGUGCGAUAAUGGACUCACACAUCUUCUUUUUUCAGGAUGUUAUACAAGAUAAGACCUUGGGUCGAGAAUGAUUGAGCCAUUUGUAAAUUCUUAACUAAAAAGAGUAAUGCAACAGAGGGAUUUUUCCCAAUAUUAACUUUUAUUUUACAAGAAAGGAUUUUAUUUAGCUCUCGCUCUCUCUCUCUCUCUUUUUUUAAGGGCACCUGGAAGUUCCCAGGCUAGGGGUCAAAUUGGAGCUGUUGCCUGUGCCACAGCCACAGCAAUGCCAGAUCCGAGCUUCGACUACAACCUACACCAUAGCUCACAGCAAUGCCGGAUCCUUAAACCACUGAGGGAGGCCAGAGAUUGAACCCACAUCCUCAUGGAUAGUAGUCGGGUUCGUAACCUGCUAAGCCACAAUGGGAACUCGCUAUUUAGCUCUUCAAAGUUUGAUUUUAAUCCCCCUUGAAGGGGUGAUCCUUUCCCUUCACUUCAAAAUAUAAGAUUUUUUUAAAACCAGCCUGUAAAAUUUCUUAUUUUUACUGCUAUUGAAAUGCUAUAAAAGAUAACAUAUUAUUUAUGGCUAAAGAAUAGAGCUAGGCUAAUGUCCACAGCCAGAAGGAAUAAAUAAAGAUUCAUUUUCAUUUCAGUAAGACAACAGAUUGUAAGUUUAAAUAAUGACUUGAUUACAGACACCACUAUGUGAAUCCCGGUAAUAAGACUUGAGUCAAUGAAACCUAAUCAGUGUCAUUUCUCUGUGUCUGCCAGUGGUUUAAAAUUAAAGCAGGGCAGAGCUAAAGGAGAAAACAACCAUUUUGUUGUAGGUAUAAACACAUGAAUGAUUCAGAAAAGUAUUCAUCUUGGCUGCCACACCACAUCAUGUUAACAUUAGGGUGGAUUUGAUUGUACUUGAUCUCAUUUGCUCAAGAAAACUAAUAGUUCUACUAAAUGAUGUUGAACCACUGUCUUUUACACUAUCAUUAUUUUUUCUCUGGAGAGACAGUUAUGAAAGCGUGCUGGGCUAGGGAUCCUAGCCCUGAGUCCUAGGCCCAGGUCUGUAUCUAAAGCUGGGGAACCUUAGGCCAGUGCUGAAACCUCUCUGCUCCUCAGUUUGCUUAUCUGUGAAAUGGGGCUAAUGGUAAUUCCUAUGCUGCCUACCUCACAGGGCUGUCAUGAGGAAAACUGUAAAGUGCUGUCCACGUGUGAGGUAACUUGAUUACCAUCCUCGUCUCUCUUGUGCAGAGGAUCUAAGUGUAUUUCUUUGUUAUUUGUGUGUGUGAUGGACGCAUCCAUGUGUUACUUUGAGAAGUAUAUUGUUUGUGUCCAGUUUGCAAAUCUGCUGACAUUUGUGACUCCGACAGAAGGGUUUGUUCUGUGGCCUAACUUGCCAGGUGAGGUGUGGGUUAUGCCUAUAUGCAAAUUAAACUUUGCCUUUCUCAAAUUCUC